AUGGCAAGACCAAGUCCUUGUACCACCACCACCAACGGUGAAGUGGCAGUCCAGGACAGUGACGAGGGUACUCCGGUGAAAGCCGAUAUUGAUCCAUCCCCCUCUAAAUUGUCCCGAGCCAAGCCCUAUUGCUUUUGCUGCUUGCGCUAUGGUUUCGCGUGCCUUGUUGGUGCCAUUAUCGCUAUCGGUAUUGUUCUUAUCAUCUUAUGGCAGUACGGACUGCUAGGUGGGAAGGGCACCAACAGGCCAACGGUCAUCGACUUGGGCGAUCUCCCUUAUCCUAUUGCCACUGCCGGCUACACCUCGCUUAACCUUACCCUUACCCCAGUGGCUUCUGCCCUCCAAUAUAAGCCCAAAAUUUUCUUGGUAGAAACUCAGCCAGCGCGCGGUGGGGGAGACGCCAGACGUUUCCUCGCCGACACAUUCACUGAUGGAGCCUGGACUGUUGCCUUACGUGCGAAAUAUGAAUCGAGGCCAACUACGGCAAUCCUCAAUGGCAUGUCGCCGUCAUCCUCGGUCGUAGUGAGGUACAGGAUUGAGAUGGAUGACAAUCGUGUGAGUAGUCCGUCAGUCGCUAUCGUGGUAACGACUCUCACACCAGCGGCUCCUUCAGUUCCCGGUGAGUAA